CGACAUUGCGACUUGUACUUCCGCAUUAACACAUCAUUCGUGGGACUUGGACAGUCGACAACACUGAAGUCACCACCCUUACCAUUGACCUGAAUGUCUUCGAUGCACCGCUUUUGAUGGAUGGGUGAUUGUGAGAUAAUAGAAACAUGGCCAAGAAUAAGAAAAGACGAGGUCUGACAUCCAAAGUGGAACAGCGCAGCAAGUCAACAGACGUUAAACACAAUCCAUUUGAAGUUAAAAUCAACAAACAAAAGCACAACAUUCUAGGAAGAAAGAACAAACAUGGAAAAGGAAUGCCGGCGGUAUCCAGGUCUAAAGGACUGCAAAAGAGAAAUGCCACCCUGCUGCAGGAGUACAAACAACGGCAUAAAACGAACAAGUUCCUUGACAGAAGACUAGGAGAGGACGAUCCUGGAAUGUCAGUCGAGGAGAAGAUGAUGGAGAGGUUUACGCUGGAAAAACAGAGAACACAUGAGAAGUCUAGCUUGUACAGUCUGAAUACGGACGAAGAUUUGACACAUUACGGCCAGUCUUUAUCAAGUUUGGAGAAGUUUGAGGAGCCGGAUCUUGAGAGUGAUGAGGACGACACGGGUUUGAUAGAUAAAAAGUUUGUAGCAGAAGAACAUUUUGGUGGAUUUCUGACGAAGAAGAAGACUGACGAGGAAGGAAAGCCCAAGACCCGACAUGAAAUAUUUGAAGAAAUCAUCGCCAAAUCUAAGAAAGACAAGUUCAACCGGCAGAGCGAGAAGGAAGAUGUUGUGAAGCUUACUGAGCAACUAGAUCAAGAGUUCAAUUUCGUAGCACAGUUCAUAGCCAACGUCGAGUGCAAGAAGGAAAGAGAGAACAAACCAGAUGACUAUGAUAUGUCUGUGAAAGAACUCAUCUUUGAUAUGAGAGCCAAGGCUUCAGACAGGAUGAAAACCCCUGAGGAGCUCGCCAAGGAAGAGAAGGAAAAAUUGGAGAAGAUGGAAGCAGAUCGACAGCGAAGAAUGAAAGGGAUCACAGAGACCGAAGAAGAGGAGAACAAACGAAGGAUGCAAUACCUGUCAGCUGAUGAUCUGAAUGACGGAUUUGAGUUAACCCGUGAUAAUCGAAGCACUCUGAGUUAUAGUGAUGGCGUUCCUUCAUUUGGAUUUGAUCAAGGUGAAUCUGACGCAGAGGAGAAAGAGGAGAAGGAAGAAGGAGAUGAUGAUGAUGAUGACGAUGAAGAAGAUGAUGACGAUGAAGAAGAUGAGGAGAGCGAUAAUGAUGAGGAGGAUGACGAUGCUUCUGAUUUGGAAUCUGAGCCUUCUGAAUCAGAUGAUGAUGACAACGACAAUGAUGAUAAGGAGCAUGAUAGGACUUUGAAGAUGAAAAGCUCCUUGAAGAAAGACAAUAAGCAGAGUGUUUCAAAGAAAGUCUCCAUACAAGAACCAGAGGAAAAUAAAAAGAAGAGAGAAGAAAUUAUAAGGUUAGCCAAGGAAGAGCUUCCGUACACAUUCAAAGCUCCAACAUGCCUUGAAGAGCUCGAGGAUGUGUUGUCUGGCCACACCCCUAGCAACCAGCUGACCAUCUUAGAGAGGAUGAUCAAAUGCCACCAUCCGAGUCUCUCCGAUGGUAACAAGGCUAAACUAGAGACCCUCACCUCGUUGACAUAUCAACUCAUGGGGAAGUAUGUGAAACGAGGCAGGGAUUUGGAGGCGGACUUUAUCAAUGGUCUAACAAAGCAUCUAUAUGAUUUGACACAGACCUGUGCGCUAUCCUCGGGUAACGGCCUACAAGCGAUCAUUAGUGAGAAGUUUGAAAUUUUCAACAAAGAGACUGAAGACAAAGGAAGGUCAAUGUUUCCUUCAUUGGAUGUGCUUCUCUACUUCAAGCUGGUGUCGGUCCUCUUCCCAACAUCUGACUUUCGUCACAGUGUCGUCACACCCACAAUGCUCUUCAUGGGGGCCAUUUUGAGUCAGUGUCAGGUGAGGUCAUGUCAGGAUGUGACCUUUGGCCUCUUCCUCUGCAAUCUCUUCCACAAGUAUGUGUCACUGUCAAAACGUCUUGUUCCUGAAGUCAUCAACUUCUUACGAGGUAUUCUAUUCAUGGCAUCGGACCAUGAGAGUAAGACAGGAGGACUUGUGGUGGCGCCCUUCAAACACUCUGGAAGAUUUGCCAAACUCCUUAGACACGAGGGAACGAGUAAAUCUGAACUGAAACCGGUGAAGAUCCUGGACCUGAUGAUAGACCCCGAUGACCUGGACCAAGCAGAGUUCUCUACGUGGGCCGUUGGUCUAACCUGCCAUCUCCUCCACCAGUUCUCUAAACUCUAUGUAGAUCUACCCAGUUAUCCAGAGAUCUUCUCCCCCAUCUACACCCUCCUACAAGAUAAAGAGCUACUGCUGAAUAAAUACAACCAUGAAAUUCAGUCACUGGGAGAUGAAGUCCAUUUACACAUAGAGGGCAGCAGACAGCGGACAAGGAAAGUUCUUGAAGUCGAGAAGAAGAAACCAGCUCCUCUCAAAAUGUUUGAACCAAAGAUUGAAGAAAAUUAUGAUCCGACGAGGAAGUAUCGUAGCACAGGAAACAAGGAGCGCGAUGAACAACAGAGAUUAAUCCAUCGUCACCGUAGAGAGAUGAAGGGUGCUGUCAGAGAGAUCCGUAAAGAUACUCAGUUUAUCGCUCGGCAGAAACUCAAAGAACAGAAAGAGAGGGAUGACGAGAGGAAGGAGAAGGUAAAGCGUCUCCAUCAGAUGUUGGCCACGCAGGAAGGAGACUUCAGGGAUAUCAAACGCAAGAAACACAAACUGUGAAGCCUUAUCUCUCACCCCAUGGCUUCCACUACAUCCGAUGCCUACAGGCAGGCAGGCUGAAGUCACUGCAGAUUUCAAAGUGCAUCGAGGGUCUCCAAACAAGACUAUGGAUAGCUUCUGCUAUAUCUGUCGCUUCUAGGCAGAUUACUGUAGACUGCAAAGUGCAUCAGGGUCUUUCAACAAGACUACAGAUAGCUUCCGCUAUAUACCUUGCCUACAGACAGAGAUCACUGUAGACUACAGAGUGUACCAGGGUCUUUGAACAAGACUACGGACAGCUUACAUUAUAUUUGCAGCUGUAGACUGCAAAGUGCAUCAGGGUCUCUGAACAAGACUAUGGAUAUGGAUAGUUUCCGCGAUAUCUGUUGUUAAGAUGCAGAGAUUAUUGUAAACUGCAUCAGGGUCUCUGAACAAGACUAUGGAUAUGGAUACUUUCCGCGAUAUCUGUUGUUAAGAUUCAGAUAUUAUUGUAGACUGCAUCAGGGUCUCUGAACAAGACUAUGGAUAUGGAUAGUUUCCACGAUAUCUGUUGUUAAGAUGCAGAGAUUAUUGUAGACUGCAUCAGGGUCUCUGAACAAGACUAUGGAUAAUUUCUGCUGUAUCCGAUGCCUACAGGCAGGCAGAGUUCACUGUAGACUGCGUAGUACAUCAGGGUCUCCAAACAAGACUAUGGAUGAUUUGUACUAUUUUUGUCGCAUGCAGGCAAAGGUUACUGUAGGCUGCAAAGUGCAUCAGGGUCGCUGAACAAGACUAUAGACAGUUUUUGCUAUAUCUGUUACUAAUAUCUCGGUCACAUUUGCUCUCCGGCGGCCGUACAGCAAGUCAAAAACAGCCGUUUUUUAAUUUUUUUUUGCACCAGCUACAUAUAGUGGGGUUUGAAUAAAAAUGAAUAUAACGGCUGUUUUCGACUCACCGUACGGCCGCCGUAGAGCUAAAAAAUAGCAGCAGUAGACCUUCAAAGGUCUUUGCUACUAUUUGUGCAUUUUAUAUAAAUAUGUUAAUUUAUGCAGGAUUCAGAAAAUAUGCUUAGAAGUACCUGAAAUGUCUCAAAAGUUGCCUAUCUGAAAUUUAAUUAAAUCAAUGGUUUGCUCUUAUUACUGAAAAUUAUCCCUCGGUCUCUUUGAGAGGACUUCAAGUCUAUAAAUUCGGUGGAUUUACAAUAUGGCUCGCCAUCUAUUGGUUGCAGCGAACAGGCCAAAUUUCUAACUUCAGGGUCGACAUCACGCAGGCAGGGCAGCGCACGGCGCUAGUGUACCGACUGUGAUGCAUCAAAAAUGAAUACGAUUUCGUAAAAUGGGAGGAAGGAUUGUAACGGUCUAGAUUACGCAAAGAAAUAUGCAGCAAAUUUUCACCCACCUCCUGGACCCUAGUGAGCAUCAUAUGCCAGCCAGUCGUGCCAUGUCGGCCAGCGCUGAAUAAUCGCAUGCAUAUGCACUAGCACGCAACAAUUGUUGACCUUUUUACCAUGAGGCAUUGUGAACUUCGGCCUGUCCGCUGCAACCGAUAGAUGGCGCACUGUAUUGUGAAUCCAUUGAAUUGAGAGGAAAAUUCCAGGCAUAUCCCUUUAUCAUUAUUUCAUAUUAAGAAUAUGUAUGACUUAGUGCUUAAUGAUAGUGGAGCGUUGUGGCCCAGUGGAUUAGUCUUCAGACUUUGAAACAGAGGGUCGUGGGUUCGAAUCCCAGCCAUGGCGUAAUUUCCUUCAGCAAGAAAUUUAUUCACAUUGUGCUGCACUCAACCCAGGUGAGGUGAAUGGGUACCCGGCAGGAUUAAUUCCUUGAAUGCAUGAGCGCUGAAAGGCAGCUCGAGCUAAAACUGGGGUAAUAAUAAUGAUAACAUUGCGCCUCGGAAUAGAAUAUUUCUAGAUAGAUGGCGCUAUAUAAAUGCCUAUUAUUAUAGUACCACCUGAGAACUUGCUCGAGUUGUGUGUAACUUUACGAACAUCACCCACGUCCGAAGAAAAAAAAAACACAAAACACUCAUUUGGGGGUGAUGAAAGACACCUUUCCAAUUUUUUAUUGAAAAUAACCCUGCGCCCUCAAAAAGAUACACAAAAUCCCCAUGAAAUUCUACAAUAUUUCACAUAUACAUCAUUUAAGCACAUUCAUUUAACAUACAAAUCUGUUUCUGUAUGCAACCAGUUAGCAUAAUCCUGUAAUCUUGCUUUGAUUUCAACAUAUUAAAAAUACCAUCACCAUGUUAUGGCAUGAUAGUAUGUAAAAUCUUCUGCUGUCAUUUAGAAGAAUUAUCUGUUUAUGGGACAAAAAAUACAAAGUGAAGAUUAAAGUAGGGUCUUAAUAAAAAUGAUAAAAGGAGGACAAGGUUACAGAGAAUAUAAUAUAAAACUUUGGAACAUGAUAUUUUUCUCUUAGAAGGGGAUAUGAAAUGAUGUCAAACAUCCCUGGCCCUGGCACAAAGAAUGCUGACCUAUUUUUUCCCCUGCCUUUAUUAAAACCAACUUCCCCUUACUCUGAGUUUGUUCGGAUCUAAAAACCCACAAUGCAAUGCCAUCACCAGUUACAAUCGAUUACACACAAUGGAUUUGUAUAAAAUUGUGAUGCAGCAUUUUUCAUAGCAACCAUAUUCCUUGCAUAUCGAUUACACAUAAAUAAAAAAAAAUCAUGUAAAAUGCGAUUGAUUAUAAAUGAAUGAAAAGUGAAAUACAAUAAAAAGAAAAUCUUACUCAUA